AUGUUACCUUCAGCUGGGUUUUUCGAAAAAAUCGACUGCCCUUUUUUCAGAAGAGGCUUUUGUGAGCGGCCGUUCUGUCAUUAUAAACAUGUGAAAGAUAAAAAGGGGCUUGCUACUUCACAUCGAUCGCCAUCCACAAGAGCACAUGGAAAUGGAAACAAUUACUUGACCCAUGGCAGAGCUUUGCUCCAGAACACAGAUAUGUCAUUUGUGAAAGAUCGUUGCCUUUUGGAGUUGGAACGGAUCAACAAAGAAAUUGAGACCGUCAAAUGUGAAGUGGAGAAAGAGCAGAGACGAUUGUCCCGAUACAAGAGCUUUCAGGGGGAUGGCAAUAGUACGGGUAAAGUUUUGAUUCCCAGUAGCGAGAUUGUAGAUAAGGACCGUAAUCAUAAGGACCGUAAUCAUAAUUCAUAUAACUGGAGUACUCCCCACACACAGAAGUCCCGUAGUAGUAAAUAUGUGGUUGACAAUUCCAGACCGAGAACAGAUUUGGAAUACGAUCCUUUGUCCAACUAUUCUGCAGACUUGCACUCCGGCAGUUCUGCAGACUGUAAACCUCACGUCUCUGGGGAGAGUGAGGAUAAAAGGGGUCUGAAGAGGACAAGGGAAAAAGUGAAAGAAGACAACAGUGAGCUGCUGACCUUAAAGCUGGAGGACUCUGAUGAUGAAGGUGUCCUUGUCAUUGAUAUUCCACCCAUGGAAGAUGACAGGAAGAAGAGCAGACCCCGAAAGCUUUGUAAAAUCACCACUCAAGCAUUGCCAGAAGUCCAAAACAAUGUCAUGUCUUUCACCUCAGUGCCUGAUGUUUCGUUUCCUGUUCAGUCAUGUGAACAAGAGAUAUCCACACCUGUCAUCAUCAAUGUUCAAUCAGGUCAGGACUGUGCCAACACCUCACCUGGUGGUACUGUAACUCAGGGAAAUGAGUGCAAACAGAACAAUAUCGGUAAUGUGUUUGAAGAUAUAACCAAGUGUCUGGAAAAUCUCAGGAAAGAAAGUGAGAAAAUGACUUGUUUGCCAAAAACGGAACCCCUACAAGGGAACAAGGACGGUCUUGCUUCAGGGUGUUUCACAAUAAACUGCCCUUCCCGGUCCUUUAGCGAUUCUCCAGUCAAGCAGAAUGCAGGCUCUAUCAAAGUAGAACAUCCUUUGACCAAAUGUGAGUUUGUUCCCAGCAGUGAUGAAAAAGGCACCAAUUUUCAGCCAAAACAGUUCUCAGGUGAACAACUUUAUGUGCUGGAUUUGAAGAAAAGCGUCUCAUGUGCACUCUCAUCAUCCCUCAAAGCCAAGCCUAAAGAUCAGGAUAAUGGGCAGAGGGAAAUCAGUGUGGUUGACAGUUACUGGUUGCCUGAGCAGCAAGUUUCAGCUCCCUGUGUUGAGCAAAUGGCAAUGCAAAUUUUAGGACAGGACUUCACAGAAGGCCACUCGGUGCUAUCUUCAAAUCGCAAGCACAAUGAAAAACCGGUAGCUAUAACAGACCUCCUUUCUGUCCAGUUACUUGAAGGACCUUCCACAUCUGGUGUUCCACAGCCAGUCACCAAUGGGAUGGAGCUGCUCUCUGUCUCUCAGGUCCCAAAUAUGCCUGAAAUGAGUAAGGAAGUUGCCAAAACUGAUCUAAGCUCUGGAGAGGAACUAGAUUACUCAGACAUGGACUUAUCUGACAGUGACCCGAUGGAGGAGUGCUACCGCAUCUUUAUGGAGGCCAACGAAGCUGAAUCAGAACUGACGGACAACCCAGGCAGCAAACCUGUAGCAGCAGUAGAUGUGGAGAGACUGGAGGUGGAUAAGAAACCGCUUCCCCUGUCUGGCCCAAAGAGAAGGGUCGCCCAUGUGUCAAAGCAUAAUGAGCAGCAGAAUAAAAGCAGACAGCAGAUCAUUGUUCCAUUGAGAAGACCAGCCUCCCAUUUGUCCAAUCCCUCCAGAAUCCAGCAGUUACAGCAGAAGGCUACAUCACUGACCACAGCUGUCAAAGGUGGCCAGGCUUUUGUAGCUGCAACAACAGGACAGAGGAGACCAGUGACUUUAGCUCCUGCUCCACAACCAAGUCCUGUGCAGACAACCUCUCUAGCAUGCGUAAAUAUCAUUCCUGUUGGAGCUGCGAUACAGUUGGGCACAAAUGUGCACUUCAUCAUACCAGAGGGGAGUAUAGCUGUUCCUGUAACUCCAGUUUCCAGCCCCGUAGCACCAUCACAGCAGGCUACCCUAACCGCUGCUAAGCCAAAUACCACAAAGCGGAAACCCAGGCCCCGGCCUGAGUCCAGCACCAAAGUCCCACAUGAUAUAAGGCAGCGCUAUGUCAACUUGUUUGUGGAGGAAUUCCUGAAAACAUCCUUCACUGUGCAAGAUGCCUUUGAAAAGGCACUGGCUGAGGAGAAGACUGUAUAUGACCGCAGCAGCAAUAAACUGAGGUAUCUCAGUGUAGCUGUAAAUGCACUCAAGAAGCUAAAGAACCAGAACACACCUUCCACCAAAGAUCCAGGGCUGGCAGCGCUAUACGGGUACCUGAAGGAGCACGUCCUUUCUGAAGCAGAGCUGAAAGAAAACAACUAUCCCAUUUGUCACCCUGACAAAGCCAGCAGCGCUUUGCUCUUCGGGGAGGUCAAGAAAGGAAGCACUGACCCUUUGAAGAGGAUCUGCUGUCGGUGUGGAGCUACUUUCGCUGUGAGCCAGUCGGGGAGGCACGUCCGAAAGGAGGAAUGCAACUACCACUAUGGGAAAAUGGUGGAAAACAAGGUACCUGGCGGUGUGGAAUCUCACUACAGCUGCUGUGAAGGAGCCAUUGGGACACUAGGGUGCCAGGUUUUUAAGCUGCAUGUGCAUGAUGCUGUUGACCUUGAAGGUUUUGUGACCAGCCUUCCCAAGCCCCUACCUGACAAUGACUGCCCUGGUGUGUUUGCAUUAGACUGUGAGAUGUGCUAUACCACUCAGGGUCUGGAGCUAGCCAGAGUGACCGUGGUGAACACCAGUCUGCAGGUCAUCUACGACACCUUUGUCAAACCUGACAAUGAAGUCAUCGACUACAACACCAGGUUCUCGGGAGUGAGCGAGGAUGAUUUGAAAGGUUGCAGCUUUUCCAUCCGUGACGUUCAAGAGGUGCUACUGAGCUUUGUUAGUGCUGACACGAUCCUUAUCGGACAUGGCCUGGAGAAGGACCUCUGUGCCCUCAAGCUCCUUCACGGCACGGUUGUGGACACCUCUGUGGUGUUCCCACAUCGUCUGGGCCUACCCCACAAGAGAUCCCUUCGCAGCCUGACAGCAGACUACCUCAGGAGAAUUAUUCAGGAAAGCGUUGAGGGAAGAGACUCAAGAGAAGAUGCUGCUGCUUGCAUGGAGCUGAUGCUGUGGAAGGUGAAGGAAGAUAGCAAAGUAAAAAGAUGGUGAUUUGAAUAAAUUCCAAA